CUGAGUCAUCCGCUGGCUUCGCGGAUCGUUUGCAGGGAAGCAAAAACACCGGAGCGCGCCCGGGAAAGGAGGCGAGCCAGCCGGACAGGACGGGACGCGCCCCCCCAUCCCAUCCCACCCCCGGCAUGGAGCGAUCCAAAGCUUUCCGCCAGCUCAGGCUGGGGCUUUUGCUCGCCCUCUGCUCCCUCCUGGCUGGGGGCCACGGAGAUUCAUGUGAAGUGAACCAGUGUCUGAAUGGAGGGACUUGCCUCACUGGCAUUGACGAGUCCCCUUUCUUCUGCAUCUGUGCUGACGGCUUUACUGGUGCCAACUGCAAUGAGACUGAAAAGGGGCCCUGCCACCCGAAUCCCUGUCGGAAUGGGGGUCAGUGCGAGAUCGUUCCCAACCGGGGUGACGUCUUUACUGAAUACAUCUGCAAAUGCCCCUCGGGAUACCAAGGCAAAUUCUGCCAGAACAAUAUGAACGAAUGUGCUUCCCAGCCUUGCAGGAACGGAGGGACCUGUUUGGAUCUGAGCGGAGACUACGCUUGCAAGUGCGCCUCGCCGUAUUUUGGGAAGACCUGCCAUAUGCGCUGUGGGAAUAUCUUGGGCAUGGAAACUGGAGCCAUCGCGAACAGCCAGCUCACGGCUUCCUCUGUGCAUUAUGGGUUCCUGGGCGUCCAGCGCUGGGGUCCCGAGCUCGCCCGCCUUAAUAACAAGGGGAUUGUGAACGCCUGGACUUCCAGCAACUAUGACAGAAGCCCUUGGAUACAGGCCAACCUACUGAGGAAAAUGAGAAUCUCGGGGGUCGCCACCCAAGGAGCGAGCCGGGCUGGCCGAGCCGAAUACGUCCGGGCUUUUAAAGUGGCGUACAGCCUAGACGGACGUGAGUUUGUAUUCUUGAAGGAUGAGGAGUAUGAUCAGGAUAAGGUUUUCCCCAGCAACGUGGAUAACAGCGGCGUCGUGGCCAAUAUGUUCAACCCUCCGGUGGUUGCCCAGUAUAUCCGCAUCUACCCCGUGGUCUGCCGGAGAGCCUGUACCUUGCGCUUUGAGCUGAUUGGCUGUGAGAUGAAUGUGUAUUUCAACACGGCAGGUUGCUCGGAUCCCCUGGGCAUGAAGUCCGGCCUCAUCUCUAACCAGCAGAUCACGGCCUCCAGCAUGCACAAGACGUGGGGCAUUGAUGCCUUCACGUGGUAUCCACACUAUGCCCGGCUGGACAGGACGGGCAAGACCAACGCCUGGGCUGCUCUCAACAACAAACAAGAUGAAUGGCUUCAGAUCGAUCUUCGCCAACAGAAGAAGCUGACCGGGAUUAUUACCCAGGGGGCUCGCGAUUUUGGACACAUUCAGUACGUCGGUGCAUACAAAGUGGCCUACAGCAAUGACGGGAAUUCUUGGACCCUUUACAAGGACAGCAGGACGAACAGCACCAAGAUCUUCGAAGGCAACCAUGACAACAAUUCCCACAAGAAGAACAUCUUCGACACCCCCUUCUACGCCCGGUUUCUCCGCAUUCUGCCCGAAUCCUGGCACAACCGCAUCACGCUGCGUGUGGAACUCCUGGGAUGUGACGAAUAGUCUCGUGUGAUGGAGAACCGGCCGGCUCCUCUACCUGCUCUGACUGUCUUGGGUUUGGGGGUGGUUUUUUUGGGGGGGGGAUCCCUUUUUUUGGUCACGGCGCUUGCUGUUCCACCCCCUUGCUCCGUUUACUUUACCCCCUGGGCCAUACGUAUGAAUUCCACACCUUGUGAGCAUUGGACAUUGAGUGUACUAAGGGGCGGGGAGGGGUCCCUAUGAAUCCCCAGCUUCUGUAGAUGGAGCCAGCCUGUUCCGGAAAGAGAGACCUUGUCAUUCCUCCCAUUAUCUUCCUUCCCCUCCUUAUCUCUCCCCUUCACUUCAUGAUGGCGGAGAUCUCUUGGCGACAGCGACAGCCACACACACACACACACACAC